GAAGAAGAAGAAGAAGAAGAAGAAGAAGAAGAAGGAGAAGAAGAAGAGGACUAUGAGGAAGAAGAAGAAGAAGAAGAAGAAGAAGAAGAAGAAGAAGAAGAAGAAGAAGAAGAAGAAGAAGAAGAAGAAGAAGAAGAAGAAGAAGAAGAAGAAGAAGAAGAAGAAGAAGAAGAAGAAGAAGAAGAAGAAGAAGAAGAAGAAGAAGAAGAAGAAGAAGAAGAAGAAGAAGAAGAAGAAGAAGAAGAAGAAGAAGAAGAAGAAGAAGAAGAAGAAGAAGAAGAAGAAGAAGAAGAAGAAGAAGAAGAAGAAGAAGAAGAAGAAGAAGAAGAAGAAGAAGAAGAAGAAGAAGAAGAAGAAGAAGAAGAAGAAGAAGAAGAAGAAGAAGAAGAAGAAGAAGAAGAAGAAGAAGAAGAAGAAGAAGAAGAAGAAGAAGAAGAAGAAGAAGAAGAAGAAGAAGAAGAAGAAGAAGAAGAAGAAGAAGAAGAAGAAGAAGAAGAAGAAGAAGAAGAAGAAGAAGAAGAAGAAGAAGAAGAAGAAGAAGAAGAAGAAGAAGAAGAAGAAGAAGAAGAAGAAGAAGAAGAAGAAGAAGAAGAGGACGUGGAGGAGCAAGAGUGA